AUGAUAUUUUCCACUGCCGCCGGCCUUGAAGGCUCUCACAACAAGACGAACGUGAAGCCGACGGGAUACAUCCCGAUUCACAAGCGACCUCGCGAUCCUCUGACCAACGCACGUGCACGUGCUGAGACCAUUUCGCGCGAAGUCUCUACUUCGACGCCAUCUCGACUCUCUGCCGAGUCCAUCAUAAGAGACUCCCAAGAGCUGGCGAAGCAGCCAGUCGUGCAGACUUUAACCCGUCAAUUCUACGACGGGGAAGCAGACCAGAUAAAACCUUCGGCUACGCCUCUAGACGAGGAAGCAGCCCUAGAAAGCACGCAACAUCGCAGCUUGCAUUGGACAACCUUGGCCACUCGUCGCCAACAGGCCCCUGAAAAAUCUAAUACACACUUGGCAGAUUGGGCGGCCUUCGAGACUGUUCCUGUCUAUAAGAAACAACGAGCGAAUGACGAGCCGGAGAGCCCACUGGGCACGGGGUCUAUCACCCACUUCGUAGCUCUCGACUCAACGAGUACGCCGUCCACAAGACCGGACGACUGGAGCGGACAUACAGUAAUGGAGGUUAACCCUCCAAUCCAGACGAUCCUAUCAGUGCCUUCCGCACCGGGCCUCGCCUUGAACAACAUAGCGACCAUACUCAUUGGCGUGCUCAUCGGGGCGGUAAUCAUCGUCUCGGCAGGCUUCAUGUGCUGGUUUGGCCGCCUCCUCCGAAUCCGCAACAAAGAGAAGGAGAAGAAGGAAGAGCAACGCAAGAAUGGAGGUGGUGCCGCUGCCGGAGACCCCGAGGCGGGUCAGGGGUCCUCCACAAACGGCCACCAUGGAACCCACACGCAGUUCGCGUCUAGUGGAACCGCCGGCACCCGAGGCUCUCGCGGAGCUCGUGGUGCAGCCGGGGCUACCGGCGCUUCCGCCACCUCUUCCGGUGGGUCAGCUGGAGAUGCCUCCAUGGGUGGGAUGGGGCAUUGA